CGGCACCUAGUCGGCUCUCUGAGCCUGAGUGGCUGGCUGGUUGCUGGGUGGCUGCGGGGGCGUCCCGUGACUGCCCCGCCCCGCCCCGCCCGGCGCUGUAGGCAGCUUCGCACCGUCCCAGUGGCCGCCCGGGAGGAACGGGCCGUCGGCCGCUCUGAGCUCAGUUCUCUGGUGUCUGUUUCCUUUUAGGGUGUCAGCUUGGUGCUGAGUCUCGAACCGGUGAAAUGCCUUAAUUACAUCUGAGAAAAGGAUGCUUAUCGAGUCAGGGCUUUCCAUUACAACUUGGUGCUCUCCAUAUAGCUGAGAUAUGCCCACUGUGGAGAGUGAAGCCAAACUGAAAACCAGAGUUCGCUUUGAGGAAUUGCUUAAGACCCACCAUGAUGUUAUACAUGAACGAAAAAAACUGAAGAAAAAAACUGGCAUAUCUGGAGAAAAAAUUGUACUUGACGCUGUUAGAAGCAAUCUUCAGAAAAGUAAAGAAACUAAAAGUGACGAUGUAAGUGCCAGUAACACUAAUAACCCAGAGAAGAUCAUGCCAGUCCCUAAAAACAAACUACGGAAUCUCCAGUCAGCCCCUGAAAAUCCAGAUGAUGUCAGUGCGGAGGAAGACAAGCAAGGAAAGGCGAGUAAAAAGGUAAAAACAGCACUCCAGGUGACUGCACAAGGAAUGGAACCGGCAACUCCCAGGAAGAAGGUGGAUUCUGUGCAUCGGAAAGCACAAACCAGGUCACAGCCAGGUGUUGCUCGUCAGAAAAGCGAGAAGGCAGAUGAAAGAGAAAAUAAGAAUUUAGAUGAGGAAGAAGAGCUGAUGCAGGCAUACCAACUUCAAGUAGCUGAAGAAAUGGCAAAGGAGAUUAAGAAGAAAAUAAGAAAGAAACUCAAAGAGCAGUUGACUUACUUUCCUUCAGAUACUUCACUGCAUGAUGGCAAAUUGCACAGUGAGAGAAAAGAUACUUCAUUACAUGCUGGCAAAUUGAACAGUGAGAAAAAAGAUACCUCAUUGCAUGAUGGCAAAUUGAACAGUGAAAAAAAAGUAAAGAAAAAGAAGAAAGUUCCAAUCUCAUCUAAAGCUGAGUCAAGAGCAUACCGACAUAAAGAAGAAGCUAAAAGUAAUCCAGCUAUCCAGAGUACAUUAACCAUCUCUGAUGACACAGUUGAAGGUGAACAAAAGAAGAAAUCUCCAGUUAGAACAGUUACUUCAGAUUCUCAUCAAGAUGGUAAAAUAAGCUCAAUAGAAGAAAAUGGAGAAGACAGCAUGCAAGAGGACACAAAAUCCAAACCAAAAAAAAAGAAAAAGAAGGCCAGAUCAGUUUCAGAUGAUAAAGAAGACACAGGUGGUGAUGGUGUUCAUGAAGUUACAAGCCGAGAUAGUCCUGUCUAUCCCAAAUGUUUGCUUGAUGAUGAUCUUGUCCUGGGAGUUUACAUUCACCGAACUGAUCGACUUAAAUCUGAUUUUAUGAUUUCUCACCCAAUGGUAAAAAUUCAUGUGAUUGAUGAGCAUACUGGUCAAUAUGUCAAGAAAGAUGAUAGUGAACGGCCUGUUUCAUCUUACUGUGAAAAAGAGAAUGUGGAUUACAUUCUUCCUGUUAUGACCCAGCCAUUUGAUUUCAAACAGUUAAAAUCAAGACUUCCAGAAUGGGAAGAACAAAUUAUAUUUCAUGAAAACUUCCCCUAUUUGCUUCGAGAUUCUGGUGAGAGCCCAAAAGUCAUCUUGUUUUUUGAGAUUCUUGAUUUCUUAAGCAUGGAUGAAAUUAAGAAUAACUCUGAAAUUCAAAGUCAAGAAUGUGGCUUUCGGAAAAUUGCCUGGGCAUUUCUCAAGCUUCUCGGAGCCAAUGGAAAUGUAAACAUCAAUUCAAAACUUCGUUUGCAGCUGUAUUACCCACCUACUAAGCCUCGAUACCAAUUAAAUGUUGUUGAGGUUUUUGAAUGGUGGUCAAAACACCCAAGAAAUUGGUACCCAUCAACAUUGUACGUAACUGUAAGAGGACUGAAAGUUCCAGAAUGUAUAAAGCCGUCUUACCAUUCUGUGGUGGCUCUUCAGGAGGAAAAAGGUAAACCAGUGCACUAUGAACGACACCACGAGGCCAGUUCCUUAGAUGCAGAACCUGGACUAGAAGAUUCCAAGGAAGUGGUGAAGUGGAAACGACUACCUGGGCAGGCUUGCCGUAUUCCAAACAAGCACCUCUUCUCACUAAAUGCAGGAGAACGAGGAUGUUUUUGUCUUGCUUUCUCUCACAACGGAAGAAUAUUAGCAGCAGCCUGUGCUAGCAGGGACGGAUAUCCGAUUAUUUUAUACGAAAUUCCUUCUGGACGUUUCAUGAGAGAAUUGUGUGGCCACCUCAAUAUUAUUUAUGAUCUUUGCUGGUCACAUGAUGAUCGCUAUCUCCUUACUGCCUCAUCUGAUGGCACCGCCAGGAUAUGGAAAAAUGAAAUAAAUAGUACCAGUACUUUCAGAGUUUUGCCUCAUCCUUCUUUUGUUUACACGGCUAAAUUCCAUCCCGCUGUGAAAGAGGUGGUGGUUACAGGGUGCUAUGAUUCCAUGAUACGGAUAUGGAAAGUUGAUAUGAGAGAGGAUCCUGCCGUAUUGAUCCGACAGUUUGACACACACAGGAGUUUCAUCAACUCUCUCUGUUUUGAUGUUGAAGGUCAUCACAUGUAUUCAGGAGAUUGCACAGGGGUGAUUGUUGUUUGGAAUACCUAUGUCAGAGUUAAUGAUGUGCCACAUUCAGUGCAUCACUGGAGUGUAAAUAAGGAAAUUAAAGAGAGUGAGUUUAAGGGGAUUCCCAUAAGUUAUUUGGAGGUUCAUCCCAAUGGAAAACGAUUGUUAAUCCAUACCAAAGACAGUACUUUGAGAAUUAUGGAUCUCCGAAUAUUAGCAGCAAGGAAAUUUGUAGGUGCAGCAAAUUAUCGGGAAAAGAUUCAUAGCACUUUGACACCAUGUGGGACUUUUCUCUUUGCUGGAAGUGAGGAUGGUAUAGUAUAUGUUUGGAACCCGGAAACAGGAGAACAAGUUGCGAUGUAUUCUGACCUGCCAUUCAAAUCACCCAUUCGAGACAUUUCUUAUCACCCACUUGAAAAUAUGGUUGCAUUUUGUGCGUUUGGGCAGAAUGAGCCAAUUCUUCUGUAUAUUUAUGAUUUCCAUGUUGCCCAGCAAGAGGCUGAAAUGUUCAAACGCUACAAUGGGACAUUUCCAUUACCUGGAAUACACCAAAGUCAAGAUGCUUUAGGCACCUGUCCUAAACUGCCUCAUCAAGGCUCUUUUCAGAUAGAUGACUACGUCCACACUGACAAUUCUUCAAUGAAGAUGCAGCAAGUGAAACAGAGACUCGAUUCUGUCACAGAGGUGAUACGAACCUGUACUGCAAAGGUCAACAAAAAUCUCUCGUUUACUUCAAUGCCAGCCUCCUCACAGCCGUCUAAGGUAAAGCAGUCAGACAUGCUGGCCGCUCAUCAGAUUCUUCAUCAGUUUGGUUUCACUCAGACCGGAAUUAUCAACAUAGAAAGAAAGCCUUGUAACCAUCAUGUAGAUACAGCACCAACGGUAGUGGCUCUUUAUGACUACACAGCAAAUCGAUCAGAUGAACUAAGCAUCCAUCGCGGAGACAUUAUCCGAGUGUUUUUCAAAGAUAAUGAGGACUGGUGGUAUGGCAGCAGAGGAAAGGGACAGGAGGGUUAUUUCCCAGCUAAUCAUGUGGCUAGUGAAACACUGUAUCAAGAGCUGCCUCCAGAGAUAAAGGAGCGAUCCCCUCCUUUAACCACAAAGGAGAAAACCAAACUGGAAAAACCUUCUUCAGCUCUUCAAAAGCGGUCAGUCAUUAAGGACAAGUCCCAAGAUUUCAGGCUGGGCUCAGAGUCUGUGACACAUUCUGAAGUGGGCAAAGCGCAGAGCCGUGAGGACCGAGGACACACAAUGGAUAUGCAGGGGAAGAAGAAUGAGCAAACCAGUCAAAAGGUCACCCUAAUAGAGUACAUUUUGUGUACUUUUCUCCUAGUAAAGAGUUGAAGAAUGAAGAGACAACCAAAUACACAGAAAUGAAAUGACAAAUUAAACCAAACGGAAUUUGUCUUCAGAGUGAAGAACUUCCAGAUACUAAGGAAGAAAGUAAGGCCCCACUACUCCUUGUCCUUAUGAAAGAAUCUAGAAAAAUCAGAAGCGAGAUAUGAGUAGAAAAAUAAAUGGGGCCUUUUGACCUUAGUUAUUUUAAAUCAUUGUGACUGUUGUUGAUCCGAGUAUUGGUCCUUAUGUGUAUUAGUUAUUGUAUCAGAAUUACAUUACCACCGUUGGAAAACCAAUAAAGAAAAAAACAUAAUUGCCACUCAGCCGAGAUGAAGGAAAAGUGUUUGCACUGUCAGGAUGUCCAUCAAGCAGUCAUUUAAUAUUCUUACAUCUGUAUUGUGAUUGUAUGUGUGAUGUUAUGUUCAGAUUAUGAAAUAUAUGCUUUUGAAAUUUAACUUUAUUUAAGAGGGAAACAGCUUCAGAAUGUGUAUUCAAAAUGGUCCCAGUAAGAAAGACAUUAAAAGGGAACAAAUUUGUUAGUUUUGAAUGACUCAUACAUGUAACUUGAUACAUACAAACUAAAAAUGGCUUUUGGCAGCAGUGUUUCAAAUUACUUUUUAAAAAGAGCAUUUCAUAUUUAAGCAUAUAAGUAAUUUGUAGACUUAACAUUGUUUAAUAUUUAUUUUAGUCUUAACAUUUAUUCUUAAAUUAUUACAUUGCAUUAUUUAUUUCUUGAGUUCCAGAACAAUGGUAUCAUCACCAUGUGACUAUAUAUAUAUAUAUAUAUAUAUAUAUAUAUAUAUAUAUAUAGUGUGUGUGUGUGUGUGUGUGACUAUAUAUUUUAAAGUGUGAUGUUAUAAUAGAAAAGUUCAUUUCUUUGGUUUUUUUUCUUGACUCUUCUCCUUUCUCAACUAUGUGAUUAUAAGUCUGUCAGUAAAUAUGUAAUCCCACACAGGUCAAAACUAAUAAAACCCAGAAAACUUAUUUACCAAAUUAGACAAUUGAUUCCAUUAAAGUAAGAAGUGAGAAAAACAGUGUUGAGCAUUCAGGUGUAAAUUUUGCCCAGGUGUAUACCCAAUAUAAAAUAUCUUCUAGUAAAAAUGUAUGUGGCUCUUAUCCCUGCACAUGUUGUUGAGGCAUGAAAAUUGGUAAACAUUCCCCUGCUGUGUAGAACUUAAAAGGGGGGAGCAUUUUUGAAGGUGGUGAGUGGCAUCAAGGCCAGCCAAAGCCCUCAGCGAUCAACACAGAAGUCUGUUCGGGUGGCACAGAGCCCCCAGUGUCCUGAAUGCACACAUCUGUGCCUUCACGUACAGCCCGGCCCAAGCAGCUUGAGUCACCCUUGUAGAAGCUUGUUCUUUCUGACUUGUGAAUGCACUUGAUAAUUAAAAAAUAAAAAUAUGCAUCUCUGCA